UUAUUUCCAAUUUCACUGAGUAGAGUGUACAAGGAACUUGCAGUUGGGGAGCAACAAACAAACAGGGCCACUCGACAUGAUCAAAUACAAGCCAACAAUCGUCAUACUCAUGACGGCUUACAUAUUGGGCUUAGUAAAAACAAAGUCUUGGAGAGCGACGAGUGAUGAAAAUAGAACUGUGUGCACGAUUCAAUGUCCACCCGGCAAUGAGCCAAGGUGUACCAACACUUCUCAAACUUGUGUUGAGUGUCCUUGGACAGAGUUCUCUGAGGGAGGAUCGCAGCUAUGUCGGCCAUGUCGAAAUUGUGCUAUGGGAUAUGGAGCCGUUGCAUUAUGUGACGGUACUAAGGACAUCACAUGUGAGAAAUGCAUCCAUGGCCAGACCUACUCUGAUAGCAACAACCGGUGGUCGUGUUUUCCAUGCACUCAGUGCACAACAUAUGCAUCCGUCUCUUCUCCUUGCAAUAUCACUCACAACAUACAAUGUAGUUCGGAUCCAGACUGUCCACUCGGGAAAUACUAUGAUGCAGCAUCAGAAUCCUGCCUUUACUGUUCCAAAGAGACAGAAGGUGCGGUGAAAAUGGGAGACUGCCAAAAGAAUGGUAUACCUCACAAGUAUCAAUUUUCCUACAAUCCAUUCAAUCCUCAACCAUACACGCCUUCACCAUCUCCACAUCCUGGUCAGAUUCUUGUGAUAUCCAAACCUCCUAAACAUUCGACAUCACUAAACAGUGUGGUUCCAGUUGCAGUCUCAGUUUUUGGUGCUGCCUUUAUACUUAUAGUUGGAGUCUUGAUUGUGUGGUACAACAAACGCGUAUGCAGGCAGCGUGUUUCGUUGCAGACAUUAGGAGAUUCUCCAACUGAUUGUACAGAGAGAAAUCAUAAUACUGACAACACAGUUGGUCCAACCUUUCCCCUUCAAAAUCUCCCUCACAAAACCAAACGCAAUUUGUGCACUGAAUUUAUGCAAAGUGGUCUUCGAAGAGUCAAUUAUCUCUACCUGGCAACAUUUUCCCCAGAAGAGAAGAAUCAGUUGCAAUUGUACUGUAGUUCACCAAACAUCCCUGCUUUCACUGACCAUUUAUUUGAGUUACUGAAAACAAAAAGACCACAGCUAACAGUUGGUGAUGUGCACAAGAUGUUUGUUGACCAAGAAAGACUGGAUUUUGACGAUAUGUUGAAAAUGUGGUUGUUAGAGGAUAAUCUCAUUUUGGUUGUCCCAACAACUGAAACAGAUCUUGAGACAGUUGCAGACACCCUAACACUAACAUCAAGUAGGAUUGCUGCAACUACCUCUGAAUCACCAAUACCAAGCACUCCAACUGAGUCUCCAAGUGGUUCCGCUACCCAUUUAUUACCUGAUCAAUAAAUGGCGCUUUUUUGUU